CUCCAUUAACCAUAAAAGCUAAUUUCCAUGUCACGACCAUGCAUGCUCUCUCUUCAACCAAACCAAACAGAGAAAUUAAUUCCUGUUAACCGUUUUGAGGAGAGAGCAUUGCAUUCUUAUUAAUUUUCUGUCGCACCAUUAAAAUCUAGUGUUCAAGUAGUGGUGAUUCGCUUGCAUUGUUUGCCAUUCUUCACCAACAUAUCCAGUAGGUAGCCUGUGUGAGAACCCCUGAUCAAUUUUUGCAACUUUCCUGGGACUAAUCGCCAACAAAACUGAGUCUCGGAAUAAGUACUUGCUAAAAAUCAGAAGCCGAUUUUAUCAGCCUUCGGAAUUUUGUGCUGUCUGUAAUGGCUACGAGCAAGAUCAGAAGAGCUUUUGGGGCAGUGAAGGACCAGACUAGCAUAGGCCUAGCCAAAGUUGGCAACAGCCACUCAUUAUCAGACCUUGAUGUGGCCAUUGUUAAGGCAACCAGGCAUGAAGAAUACCCCGCAGACGAGAGGCACAUUCGGGAAAUAUUGAGCUUGACUUCGUAUUCUCGUGCCUACAUCAGCGCAUGUGUAAACAGCCUCUCCAGGCGUCUCAACAAGACCAGGAAUUGGACUGUGGCAUUGAAGACGCUUAUUUUAAUUCAGAGGCUGUUGGCCGAGGGUGAUCCAGCUUAUGAGCAGGAGAUCUUCUUUGCAACCAGGCGUGGGACUCGCCUUCUUAACAUGUCAGAUUUCCGUGAUUCACGAUCCAAUUCAUGGGACUACUCUGCAUUUGUGCGCACGCUUGCUCUUUAUCUUGAUGAAAGGCUUGAGUUUAGGAUGCAAGGGCGUCGCGGGAAGCGUAGUGCAUUUGGAAUAGAAGAAGAUGAAGAGGAGGCUGGCCAGGCAUCUGUGAAAUCAACGCCUGUCCGUGACAUGAAGAUCGACCAUAUCUUUUCCAGGAUACAACAUUUGCAACAGCUCCUUGAGCGCUUUCUAGCCUGCCGCCCCACAGGGGGGGCGAAGCACAACAGGGUUGUAAUUGUGGCUCUCUAUUCAACGGUGAAGGAAAGUAUCCAGUUAUAUUAUGACAUAACAGAAAUAUUGGGCAUCUUGAUUGAUCGUUUUAUGGAACUAGAGAUUCCUGAGGCCGUGAAGGUUUACGAGAUCUUCUGCCGAGUCUCAAAGCAGUUGGACGAACUCGACAACUUCUAUAGCUGGUGCAAGACUGUUGGCAUUGCACGCACUUCAGAGUACCCGGACAUUGAGAAGAUUACACAGAAGAAGCUUGACCUAAUGGACGAAUUUAUUCAAGACAAGUCCACAUUGGCACAAACCAAGAGAGCUACAUUUGAAGAGCCAAUGAAUGAAACUGACGAGGGGAAAAAAUGUGAAGAUGAUAUAAAUGCAAUAAAGGCACUACCACCACCUGAAAGUUACACGGAGACCCCUGUCGUAGAAGUGCAGGAAGAUGCAGCAAAGGAAGAAGAGAAAAAGGAAAUAAAUACACAACAGGAGGCUGAUUUGUUGAACUUGCAUGAUGAUGCAUUGUCAACAGAAGAACACGCAAAUAAUAUGGCCUUAGCUUUGUUUGAUGGUGGUGCACCAGCUGGUCCUGCUCAAGCUCUUGCAUGGGAAGCCUUCAAUGAUGAUACAGCAGAUUGGGAGACAACUUUGGUUCAAUCAGCUAGUGAUUUAACAAGCCAGAAAGUAACUCUUGCUGGUGGUCUUGAUAUGAUGUUGCUUGAUGGCAUGUACCAACAUGGGGUGAAAACAGCAGAAAUGUCUGCGACAGGUUAUGGAGUUCAUGGAAGUGCUAGUAGUGUUGCCCUCGGUUCAGCUGGAAGGCCUGCAAUGUUGGCUUUGCCAGCACCUCCAGUCCCAAAUAGUAGUGCUACAACAUCAGCAAACCCAGAUCCAUUUGCUGCCUCACUUGCGGUUGCACCACCACCUUACGUGCAAAUGUCCGAGAUGGAAAAGAAACAGAAGCUGUUAGUGGAAGAGCAGCUACUUUGGCAGCAAUAUGCGAAGGAUGGAAUGCAAGGACAGGCCGCAUUUGCAAAGCUACAACCUAAUUCUUACAACGUGGGAGGUUACACACAGGGCUACUAUCCAAGAUCAGGUUAAAUAGGAAUUCCUUUAUGCUUACAGCUUUAUUUCCAUUGUUAGGAAACUAUUACUGCUGAAAUUAUCACCAGGUCCUGUGUGCCAUGCAAUUAUGACUUGUAACUAACAUUUUCAAUUCAACACUUCGGUUUUAAAAAGAAAACACUCUACUUAA